AUGGAGAGAAUUGUCCCUUCCAUGCCACAAAAUCAAAUGGGUUGCCACAACGCGAGAGUUGUGGAAAGAAGAAACAGAUGCUUUGAAGAAUAUUCCAAAACAAGGAAAGAAUUAGCAUAUUUUGGAGGGCUUUUAGAAAGUCAUCAACAAGCUAGUGAUGCAAGUUAUGCAGAGACGCUGGAUAGAUGGAACUCAGGAGCCGACAACAUAGGGAUCCUCCUAAAUCUGGCUACGGCAAUUCUGUAA